AGCGGCGCGCGCAGUGUGAACGUGCGCCACGCUGCUGUGGCAUAGUGCGCGAGAGUCGCGCGCCGCGCCUUCUUGCGCCACCAACGUCCAGUGCGGUACUCAAACACUCCGUAGCCUCGCUUUACGCCGUGAACCGAUUGACACCACCAGCAUAACAUUACAUACAAUUGAACGCAUUCGUGCAUAACGAAAAUUCCCGCGUUUUUCUCUCAGUUCACAAUCAAUACCUUUGAAAGUUACUACAAUCAAAUUAUACCUCUUAAAACUAUGGAAAAAACUCACUCGUUCGCUAUAUUGGAUAUCAACAUUGGAGAUAAGGACAACGAAAAUGCAGACACAGGAAUAGGCAAUAAUCACGAUGAUUCCAAGAAACAUUCGCCUUUCACAACGGUUAUAAAAAUUCAACGUGAUCGCGGUGAGCGCGACUACAUCGGAUUCGCGACACUGCCUGAGCAAGUGCACCGAAAAUCGGUGAAGCGAGGGUUCGAUUUCACACUAAUGGUUGUGGGGGAGUCGGGACUGGGCAAGUCGACACUAAUCAACAGCUUAUUUUUAGGAGACCUUUACAAGAAUAGAAAGAUACCAGACGCACAAGAUAAAAUAGAAAAAACAACAAUGGUGGAAAAGAAAACUAUGGAAAUCGAAGAACGAGGUGUAAAGUUGAGGUUGACAAUAGUGGACACACCCGGCUUUGGAGAUGCUAUUAACUGUGAAGACUCUUGGAGGGUUUGUUCUGCGUACAUCGACGAACAGUUCAGACAAUAUUUUACCGAUGAAAGUGGAUUAAAUCGACGUCACAUGCAAGACAAUCGAGUGCAUUGCUGUCUCUACUUCGUUCCGCCCUGGGCCCAUAGUUUACGUCAUGUGGAUUUGGAAAUGAUGAGACGGCUUCACCGCAAAGUGAAUAUCGUAGUUGUUAUAGGGAAAGCGGACUCCCUAACUGCUGCCGAGGUAAAACGGCUGAAGGCGCGAAUACUAAACGAUUUGGAAGAAAAUCAAAUACAAGUUUAUCAAUUCCCUGAAUGCGACAGUGACGAAGAUGAAGAGUUUAAGCAACAAGAUAGAGAGUUGAAGGCAGCGGCCCCAUUCGCUGUGGUAGCUUCCGACGUUGUACUAGAAGUAGGGGGUAAACGAGUACGCGGACGACAAUACCCGUGGGGAAUCGUUGACGUUGAAAACCCACGGCAUUCUGACUUCACGAAGCUGCGGACGAUGCUGAUCUCAACGCAUAUGCAAGACCUCAAAGAUGUGACCCAGGACGUGCAUUACGAGAACUUCCGAGCGCAGUGCAUCUCGCAGAUAUCGCAACAUGCUAUGCGGGAGAGAGGAAAACUGAAGAGAGAUUCGAUGGGAAACAACAACGAAGUAGUUAUUACAGAUACAGAUCGCCUGUUGCUGCAAAAGGACGAAGAGAUCCGACGUAUGCAAGAUAUGUUAACGCAGAUGCAAGAAAAACUCAAAGCUUCCGAUAAAAAACACGACAGUAUUAUAGAUGUAUAGAAGAUAGACUGCAAUAUUAAUAUUAGAGUAGCAAUAAAACUAACUACUCACAUAGAUGUAAUAAAUUAUGAAAACCUCUUUAGAAAAUUCAAAUGAAUUUAGAUUUUUUAUUAUAAUAAUAAUAGUUAAUAUAACACUGAAAACAUUUAAUAUAACAACAGAAAAAUACAGUCCUCAUAGAGAUAGUCCACUAGGAAUGUAUGACUCUGUUACCAAUUUCGUCUGCGAUGUAAAUACAUAAUUUAUGCAAAGAUAAUCUUUUAUGGAGUUCCUUGUUCCAAAAGAAGCGCAAGUCGGGGACGCAUGGUCGUGGGGCGACCAUAUCGUUCAUCGUCGUCGUUCAUGUCUAAUAUUGAUGUGCACUAAAUUGGAACGCGCGCCAAACACCACAGCGACGGUGACACAACGCAACUUCCGCGCACGACCGAGCUAUUUUCCGUGCCAUUAAUUCUACCUUUUUCCACACGAUCGAUCGGACAAAUACCCUGUCUAUCAACCUGUUAAUAAUUAGGGAUAAUUAAGAAAAAAAUUAUAACCUCUAUGUAUCCUUUGGUCAAAAGUAGUUAGUUAGGUACCUAUAUUUUAUCUUUGCAAUAAGAAUAAAGAUAGAAUAAGUAACUACAUAUAUCUCGUAACUAUCUCAUAAUUAACACCUUUUUAAGUUUUCUAUAAACUUGUUAUACCUACCGUUUACAUUAUUUGUACGCUGUUUAUUGUGACCUAAGUAUUUUAUUGUCUACACGAAGUAUUUCGAAGAAGCUCGUUUUCACAAAACAAUAAAUAUUUUUACUGAAAAUAUCGACACUUAAAUGCCUACUUGUUUGUUUGUUAAACAAGAAGGUAAACUGCCAUUCACAGAUAGCGUUACUCAGCACUACACACAAGUUUUGCUUUUUUAAGCAACAAAUUGUAAUAAGUACGAAAUUACUUUUACGCCACAUAAACAAAUCUUCCUCUUAAAAAAUAAUACACGACACUAUACCUCCUUGCAAGGCAUCUAUGACAGCUUAUACCUAGGGAAGGUACUUACUUAAAAUAAUUUGAAUAACACAAACACUAGCUGACUGACACGAUCUGAGC